AAAUUUUGCUCACGCCCAUUGUUGUUAGAGGGAGAUCCAAGUGCGCCAUUGUGCUUGAAAGACAUGACGUGAGGAACGAAAAGCGAUGCACUAGUGGUUUGAACCUGAGUGAUCAGAUCAAGGAGACGCGUUGCGAGAUCAAUAGAAAGACGCGAUCAACAAGGAGUCGCUGCUAUAUACAAUCUGCAAUUUAUGCGAUCAACGCGAUCAGAAUCUGAAUCCAUCGCGUUCUCGUACGUACUAUUCUGAAAUUGGAAGAUAACUUGCAUUUGCGUGAGUGUAGUCGUACUCUGCUGAAGGAAUCUUACCGAACCACUUGCCAGGACCUGACCAAUAAAAUAGAAAAUCAGUCGCAAUUUCGUUGUACUACGGUCAAGGCUUUUAGACUUAGCUGCAGCAUCGCCUACCUUUGUUUCGAAAACUGUUUUACUUGUUGGCGCCCCAGCAUAAAAUAUAAGAGUAUUAAACAAGGAAGUGGAAGGAAUCAGCAGUCAUGAUGAAGCAGGCAGACGUGGAGGUGGACCAAGAUGACGAUCGUCAGAGUUCUUCGUCUGUGGACCACAUAGAGCUGCAAAGGCAAAUGUCGCAACCCUCUCAGCAAACACUGGAAUUAUUGCAGGAUCUGGCCACACAGUACAACGACUUAGUGGAGCGCACGAACGAGAUCGAGGCUGAGUUUCGGGCUGGCCAGGUCACGACCGGAAAGGCAACCACCGACCUGUCGCAGAUUGAAGCCGCUGCGAAUAAGCUACAAGAGAAAGGAGUUGACUCGGUGCAAAUCGCGGAACUGCACUCUGGCAAAGAGACGGCCCGGGCGCUGCGGCGCAGCCUGAACGCGGGUCUGGAGAGCUUCUUCGAGCGGUUAUCGGACUUGUUCCGGGAUUUGCGCGCUGCGAAGACGGUGGAGCAGAACGCAGCUGACCAAGCGCACGCGAAUCUGUCGCACAAGCCGCGGGUGAGGAAAAACGUCAGGAGUCCGAAGCUUGCGUCCCCUGUACUUUUUCCCGAGGAAGCGGCUGCAGGAGCUCCUGGAGCAGCAACUUCUACUGAGGGUGUCGGCACUACGAGCGAGCGCACUCCUCGGCGUCAGACCGGUCAGGAUGCAGCCGAGGAGCCGCUGAGGCGAAGGGAAGUAAACGUGCACCCAGGCCGCGUGGGACGAGAUACCGCUUUUCCCGAUAGGCCUGAUCCUUAUUCGGAUCCUUUGGAAGAAGAGCCGGACGCGCCCGAUCAUGCGUUGGGGCAUGCUGCACGUGGAGCUCUGCGGGGAGAACGUCCACGAGAGAUGCCGCAUUUUCCACCCCGAACACGCGGCCCGCCACAUGAACGCAAGCGGGCAGACCGCAGCAGGGAGUUUUUGGAAAAUGACGAGGACGAAGAUCAGGACUUUUCGCACCAGCAUGAUAAUCUCGAGCGGCAGCGGCGACUGCGAGAAGCGGCGGCGCAGCAAGAGUACGACCGGCGACGCCGGCGAUACAUCGAGCAACAACGCCGCGCGCGCGAACAGGACCCUUUCGGCAUGUUUGGCCCCUGGGGCGGCCUCGACCCGUACCGGGGCCGCGGGUUCUUCGGAUUUUGAUGCUGAGGUAAGUGCGCAGAAGCUUUGGCACUUACUGUUAAACUAUUUAUUGGAGGUAAAAAUUCUUUGUCGAGGUGAACUCCACCACGACAACCGACUGAAACACUGUUAUUUUCGAUCAGGAGAUUAUGCGAACCCCCGCACUUCUCACACACUAUACUAACUCCGCUAAGUAGCAGUUGGGUAUGAUCAGGUUCCCCCCACUUACGCCCAGAAACUAAAGAAGAAUUGAAGUAACCCUACUACAGCGUCGCAGCUGAGCCACAAGAACCUUCCCGAGUGGUCCUUGUCGCGCUGCUCAGAAACCUUUCUAUAAAAACGGUUCUACCUGCUAGUGAUUUUUGUCAAUCUCGGACGAUCCGCAGCAAAUCACUUUUCUAAAACUAUGCUUCC